AUGGUUUCAAAGAAAUUGCUCGCCGCUCUCCUCCUUGGCAAUCUUGCCCUGGCAGUCCCCGUUGACAGCGAGAAAAGGGGCGGGGGCAAUGAUUUGAACAAUCCAGGAGGCUUGGACCAUGGCGGCCCCAAGGCACCUGGUGUCAAUAAGCCAGGUGAAGUCGGGUUUGGCCAUGCCCACGACGGUGGUAAAGGGCCUGAGGGACCGAAGCCCGAGGUCUGGCAUGGCGGCCCAAAGGCUGAGCCUGUCCCUCCCCACCCGGAAGCGGUGCCCAAGCCCCCGGAGCCUGAGGAGCCCAAGCCGGUCCCCCCACCUCCUCCUCCACCACCCCCUCCCAAGCCAACUGAGCCUGCCCCUCCUCCACCGCCGCCUCCACCGCCACCCCCUGCUCCUAAGCCGACCGAGCCCGCACCUCCACCUCCUCCUCCCCCUCCUCCCCCGGCUCCCGAGUCCGUCCAACCUGCGCCCCCACCGCCGCCUCCACCAGUCCCAGCCUGCCCCCAGCCAGCUCCCAAGCCCGAUUCUGGUGAUUGGAACGGCUGGAAUGGAUACAACGGCAACGGCUGGAAGGGAUACAAUGGCGACGGCUGGAAGGGCGAUGGCUGGAAGGGCGAUAGCUGGAAGGGCGAUGGCUGGAAGGGAGACGGCAAGGGUCCUUGGAGUGGAAAGGGUUGGAAUUAA